GUUUUAAUUUAACCAUUUUCAUAUGCAUUACAUUUUACACAUUUACGUACGUACAUAAAUAUUUUCAAAUAUAAACACACAACAAUCAAUAUAUAAAGUAUACACGAUUCCGAACAUCUUUCAAAAUCCCUAGCUGCACCCAAAUUCUAGAGAGAGAAAGAGAGAGCGCGCCAAAAAGUAGAAAAUACAGAGAUCCGAUGGAGAAAAUGGGAGAUGAUCGGCGAGCGGGGGAGGAACUCAAGUACAGGAAUGCAAUUCGAUGCGCAAAAGUUGCGACUCUGCUUUCUUCACUCAGAAACGCCACAGCAAAUUCAACCUCCAAAGCUCCCCAGCUUCAGGAUGAAGGCAAAGUUGAGAUGCUGAAGAUACAGUUGGUGAAGAACAAGAUGAAGAUGAAGAAAUUGCAGCGUUGGAUUGGAAUGUCGCUGCUCGUUUAUUUUGUGUUUCUUCUAAUUUUCCCCUUUGUCCUCAAUUUCACCCUAGACUGGCUAUCUAGCAUUUGAUGCAAAUUGAAUUAUUGCCAUUUUCACGCAAUAUCUCGACUAUGUUGUUGUAGGUUCUCUUUUAAUUAGAUAUAGGAAGUUGUCUCUCGUGUUAAAUUUUGGAGGUUCAGAUACUUUGUAGAUCAGUUCUGAUGCUGUAAAAGAAAACUUGCCGAGAGUUUAUGGUUAUUGUAUUUCCUUGUGUAAAUGAAAUUGCAAUGUUUGUA